CAGAAAAAAAGCUCGACCUCCCUCCUUCCUCUGAUACUUCCGCGAUUGAUCCAAAAUCUCUUUGCCAAGUGAUAAUCCAUUGAUAAUGCUUCCAUCGGACCCACGGAAGCGGCGCAACAACGCCAACUCCGUAGCUGUCAACGCUGAAUCCACGAACAAGAUCCGCCGCCCCUCCUCCCACACUGUCCUCUCCGUCGCCAACGCCGGCGAUACAUCCUCUUUCGACGACCCUUCCACCGCUGACGUCAUUCUUCGUCUUUUCACUGACAAAUCAAUCGCCGCCAUCGACUCCGAACCCUUUGAACACUCGGACGAACACGAUGUCGUUAUCUACCUUCACUCCCACGUCCUUCGUCGAUGUAAUUACUUUGCGGCCUUACUCUCCAAUCGCUGGCAAAACAAUAACGACGCAACCGAGGACUCUGAUAAAUUCAUUCGCCUCAAUUUGGGAGUUUCUUCGAGUCGGGACUCCAUCGGUAAGCAUUUGAUUGUACUUAAACUGCUCUACACAGAGGAUUAUGGCACGGUCAUCGACUCCGCCUCCACUGCUCUCGACAUCCUCCCCAUUGCUUUGGAGUUGCUAUUCGAGGAUUGUGUCAAGAGCUGCGUCAGAUUCCUCGAAGCGGUGCCGUGGAACGAAGAUGAAGAGAAGCGAGUUUUGAGUUUGGUUCCGUUUCUCUGUCAGGAAGAAUCAAAGGAGCUCCUGGCUAGGCUUUCCCCUACGAAGGACGAUUGCUGCGAGGAAAUGCUCCAUGGUUUAAUUGUGGAGGCCAUAAAUAGCCAUCCCAACGUGGCUCUUGUCAAGGCGUUCGUCGCGAAGCUGUUGAGGGAUUUCUCUUCGAGGGAGUCGGCGAGGAGGGUAUUGGAUAGGGCAUUCGAGACAAGCUUGAAGAUUGUCAAGGAAUCCUUGGAGGAGUACUCGAGUCCGGAUUUUAGAGGGGAUCAUAAUGAGACGGAGGCCAUACAGAGAUUGAAUCUGCACACGGCAAUGACAAACGGAAGGCACUUGCUAUGGUUGGUGGAGAGGAUGCUUGAGCUGAGGGUGGCUGAUACCGCUGUGAAGGAGUGGAGCGAACAGGCUUCGUUCACAUCGGAUUUGCAGCGUGCUUUUAGGGAUGAUGCGUGGAGGAAUAUAGUUCCUGGUCUGCCUGCUGUUGUGCUUCGUUGCACUUGCAAGCUUGCCAGUGCCGUGGCUACUGGAUCCAUUGUGGCUGAUAGGCAGGUGAGGACUAGGCUUGUUAAAGAGUGGCUUCCUAUCCUGAUUGUUUGCAGAGAGAAUGUAUCCACCAAACUGCCCAGUCUUAAGACACUGUACCUAGAGCUGGAAGAAGCAUUCCUAAGGAUUAUUUCUACGUUGCCCAUGCCCGAUUCACAGAAGUUGUUGCAGCAAUGCCUUAGCUUCUCAACUCGAAAUGUUGAAGAUUGCCCCCAUUUGGUCACGGCUUUCAAUACAUGGUUCCGCCGAGCUUCGUGGCCUCCCCAGUUAAACAACCUUGAUUAAAGCAGUGUCUAUGUGGUGGUUAAUGAACUGUUGACCUCUUUUGUUGCUUGUCCCGACUUCAGAGAGGUUUCUCAAAUAUUGUGCAUAUUGAACAGACUUUUGGGGCAAGUGUGUGGAUGUUCCUUACUUCCUUGAAGCAUUGCCAUCUUGCACUGCCUUGUGUUUUUGGCAGUUCGAGUCAAUAUUUCAUUACUGCUUUCUUGCUGCACAGUCGAUGGAGCUUUUUUGUGAAUAAUGUAGUUGAUGUAUAUAUGUGUUUAUUUGAACUCAUCGUUGUAUACUAGUCUAAAGUCUUAAGAAUAGUUCUAUUACUUGGAUAGCAGCAACUGGAAACAUGGCUUGUCUCGGCCGUUUGGGAAUCUCUAGAUUGACAAGAAAACCUCAAACUGA